AAACGGACCUUGCGCAUAACCCCAAAACAUCGAACUAACCUCGAAAUAAAUCAUGUCUAAUACCCAUUUAUUCUUAAAAUCGGGGUUUUUAACCACCCCGGGGUACAAUGGGGUUGGAAGAUACGUUUGUCAGCUUCAAAGAGUGGUUUUAAAGUUUUGUAAAAAUAACGGUUCAAGUCGAGGAAUGAGGGAUUUCGUCGAAAAAGGUUUAAUUAACUUUGCUGAAUCAAAUCCAGGAGUUGUUGUUUAUUUAAAACCAAGAAGACAUCGAUCUCCAGUUAUUAUAGCAGAAUAUUUAAACGGCGAUAAACAACACAUUUCUUGUCGAAAUUACACCGAGGAGGAAGUUUUGAAGUGGUUAAAUUUGCUUCGAACUCAAUCUGGGAAUCAUGAAGGGUUUCGAUUGAGGAAAAUGUGGCAUACGGAUCACCCAUCCAUUCAAGGGCCAUGGACGCCCUUUACUUUUAGAGAGGAGGGUUUAAAUUUGGUUAAAUUCCCCCAAGAAAACCUUUCUGUGCCUUUGAAUGAACCAAAAAGUGCCACCCAACAGCUUUUGGAGGCUUUUAAGAGGCAGCAAAAGGAUGUUUGUGACUUGGAGAAGCAAAGGGGGGAAUAAGAUUUAUGUUUUUUAGUCUUAUUUUGUAGUUUGGAUUCGGAUUUCGUUUUAUAAAGGAAAAUAUUAAGGUAAA